AUGAGAGGGCUGGACCAGAUGGCAAUUCAGGGGGGUCCGUAUCUCCUGCUGGGUGAGGUCCUUGGACACAGCGCACCUGGUGCGCAGCCCGCGCAGGCUGCCAACGGAGAUGCCGAUGAGCUUCUGGAGCUGCCUGCACUGCUGCAGCGCCCGGCUGGCCGCGGCCCCUGUGCCUCCCUACGCGAUAGCCGCGUCACCCCCGCCACUGCCCUCCUUUUUCUCUCCCAUUGCAGCUGAGCGCAGCGCCGCUCUAUGCGGGCUGCAGCAGCCCAGGAGCGGAGCCCUGGGCGCCGGCGUCUAGGCAAGGAACCCCUGAUUCGGGAGAGCUGGACCAGGAGCGCCCCUUGGCGCUGCCUUAGUCAGGACGCCGGUAGAGCUGGCAGCCAAGUCUGCGGAUCCAGCCCUCAGAUCCGCGGCGGUGGGGGCAAAAAACUGCAGCGGUGGGGGCAGAAAACUGCAGCGGUGGGCGCAAAAAGCCGGGGCGGUGGGGGAAAAAGCGAAGGCGACGGGGGCAACAAGCCAUGGCGGCGG